AUGGGCCGAAGAAAUGCUUGGAUGCGAGUCCGAGUGGAUAUGCUUUUAUGGUGGAGCAUGAUGGCGAAAGCUAUGAAAAAUUUCAUCAAAGUGAAUAGUGGCUGUGAGAUGGGCCAAAAUCGCAAGCAAGGGCCACAGGACUCUCCAGUUCAAUGUCUUAUAAAACGUGACAAGAAGAAUGCAACAUUUUACCUUUACCUUGCUCUCUCACCAUCAUUCACUGACAAAGGGAAGUUUCUCCUAGCCGCACGUAGGUACAGAAGUCGUGCCCACACUGAAUACAUAAUAUCACUCGAUGCAAGUGAUUUAUCUCAAGGAAGUAAAGCUUAUGUUGGAAAAUUAAGGUCCAAUUUCCUUGGCACCAACUUCACAAUUUACGAUAGCCAGCCGCCCCACAGCCGGGCCAAGCCAUCCAGCAGCCGGGCCUGCCGCCGUAUAGCCAGCAAGCAGAUAAGCCCGCAAGUCCCCGCAAGCAACUUUGAGGUGGGCCAAGUCUCGUACAAAUUCAACCUUCUCAAGUCAAGGGGCCCAAGGCGAAUGGUGUGCUCCCUCACGAGCCCAUCAUCCGAUGAAAAAAACAACUUGGUGGGCCCGAGAUCGCCAGCCGGGCCCGAUUUGGUCCUGAAGAACAAGGCGCCUAGAUGGCACGAGAACUUGGAGUGUUGGUGUUUGAAUUUUCACGGUAGGGUCACGGUUGCCUCGGUUAAGAAUUUCCAAAUGGGUGGGAGUGUGGAUGAUGAGGAGACGGUGAUUUUGCAGUUUGGGAAAGUGGGGGAUGACACUUUCACGAUGGACUACAGGCGGCCCUUGUCGGCAUUUCAGGCGUUCGCCAUUUGUCUCACGAGUUUCGGGACGAAACUCGCGUGUGAGUGA